CCGACCUUAGCUCAGUUGGUAGAGCGGAGGACUGUAGUCAGGUGAAAAGCCCCGCAGCUUAAUCCUUAGGUCGCUGGUUCGAAUCCGGCAGUCUAAGCGAAAAGAAAGAAAAAGGUUCCGGGAGUUUCAGAGGCGCUUCUCAAAUCUCAGUAUGGCGAACACGUUGCGGUUGUACUUGACCUGCAUUAGGAACACUCUCGAGGCAGCCAUGUGUCUUCAGAACUUCCCUUGUCAAGAAGUUGAGAGGCAUAACAAGCCCGAGGUUGAACUAAAAACCAGCCCAGAACUCCUCCUGAAUCCUGUUUUGAUAUGUCGAAAUGAGGCAGAGAAAUGCUUAAUAGAAACUUCUAUCAAUUCAUUGCGCAUAAGCCUCAAGGUAAAGCAGGCAGAUGAACUUGAAAAUAUACUAACUAAAAAAUUUCUUAGAUUUUUAUCAAUGAGGGCUGAAGCAUUUCAAGUACUGAGGAGGAAGCCAGUACAGGGUUAUGACAUUAGCUUUCUGAUAACAAACUACCAUUAUGAGGACAUGCAGAAGCACAAGCUCAUAGAUUUUAUCGUGCAAUUCAUGGAGGAUAUCGAUAAAGAGAUAAGCGAACUUAAAAUGUCAGUGAAUACGAGGGGCAGGCUGGUGGCCACAGAGUUUCUGAAGCAAUUUAUCUGAUCUCUUCAUGGGUACAUCCAUCUUUCUGAGUGCUCAUGACACGGUACACAUGGAAUUCUGCUGUAAGGAUUGUGUGACCUAAUGCUUUUCCAUCUUUCUGAGUGCUCAUGACUCGACAAGAUGUAUCACUUCAGAUUAUGUUUAAAAAAAAAAAUGGUUUUACACCA